AUGACGAAGGCGUGGGGGGCUCUAGUAUGCCUCAAUGCCGCCGCACUCGCCUAUGCUGAGAAUAGGCCAAGGGGUGUAAGCCCGGAGUUCGCCAAACACUACAAAGACCCUUCGACCUUCACCUGCAUCUCCGACCCCGCCGUCCAACUCCCCUUCGCCCGCGUCAACGACGACUACUGCGACUGCCCCGACGGCUCCGACGAACCAGGCACCUCAGCCUGCUCGCACCUUUCCUCUUACUCGCCGCAAACACCCUCCAACGCCAACCUGACCCACGCCCUGCCCGGCUUCUACUGCAAGAACAAAGGUCACAUACCCGCCUACGUCCCCUUCACCAACGUCAACGACGGCGUCUGCGACUACGAGCUCUGCUGCGACGGUAGCGAGGAAUGGGACGGUGUAGGAGGUGUGAAAUGCGCUGAUCGGUGCCAGGAGAUUGGCAAGGAUUGGAGGAAGCUGGGUGAAGCGAGGCAGAAGAGUUUGGGCAAUGCGGGGAGGAAGCGGAAGGAGAUGGUGCUGCAGGCGGGCAGGAUGAGGAAGGAGGUUGAGGAUCGGAUUUGGAGUUUGCGGACGGAGAUUGAGGGCGCGGAGGUUAAGGUGAGGAAUCUGGAGGCGGAGUUGAAGGAGGUGGAGAGGAGGGAGAAGGGGAAGGUUGCCAAGGGGCCAGCUGGUGGUGGGAAGAUGGGGGUGUUGGUGGGGUUGGCGAAGGAGCGGAUGGAAGAGUUGAGGGAGGGUUUGGUGAGGGUGAGGGAGGAGAGGGAUGAGGUGAAGGAGAGGGUAAAGGAGUUGGAGGGGAUUUUGACGACUUUUAAGGAGGAGUAUAAUCCAAAUUUCAAUGAUGAGGGUGUUAAGCGGGCCGUGAGGGCGUGGGAGGAGUAUGCGGCGAGAGAUCAUACGUUCGAGGAGGAUGAGCCGGCGGUGGAGAGGGAUUUUGAUGAGAUGGUGAAGAGUGAUAAGGAGAAUGGGUUGGAUUGGGAGGAGUAUGAAGGCGGGGAGGAGGGGAGUGACACGGAUGUUUUAUACGCAUUCGAAAACUACCUCCCACCAACCAUCCGCACCUGGCUCGACACCCGCCUCCGCGAUCUUCGGGUAACGCUCAUCGACUCCGGCAUCCUGGCCGACACUUCCUCCUUUAGCACCACUGAAAGCAAAGCCGUCACCGACGCCCGCAACCGCUUCAACACCGCCGAACGCGAACUCACCAACUCCCGUAACGACCUGCAAUCCCGCAAGGACGACCUGGAAAAGGACUUCGGCCCCGACGACAUCUUCCGGGCGCUCAAGGGCACCUGCGUCUCCACCGACAGCGGCGAGUACACCUACGAGCUAUGCUUCAUGGAGAAGACGACCCAGAAGCCGAAGAAGGGUGGCGGACACACGAACAUGGGCAACUACGUGCGCAUGGAGAGGAUUAUGGUGGAUGAGGAUUUGCCUGCCAAUGGAAAGGGGUUGGGUAGUGGAGAGAGGAUCGCGAUGAAGCAUGAAAAUGGACAGCAUUGUUGGAACGGACCCAACAGGUCGAGUACGAUUGUGUUGGCAUGUGCGGAGGAGAAUGAGAUUUGGAAGAUCAUGGAGGAGGAGAAGUGUGUAUAUCGAUUGGAGGUGGGGACGCCGGCGGUUUGUGAGACGCAGGCAGGAGGGAAGAAGGAGGAGGUGAAGGAUGAGCUGUGA